AGCCGUGCAGCGAGCGGCGGCACCGCGCAUGGGCCCCGCAGCCUUUCUCUGUGCCGGGAAGCGCGUCGGCGGCGGCCAUGUCGGCGUUGGCGGCGGGACGCGGCUGGUAGGCGGCGGUCGGGGCGCCCGGGCUCGGCGCCCGCUGUGGCGGAGCGAGAAUGAUGAAGUCCUCUGUACACACAGAAGAAGAUGACUUUGUGCCAGAGCUUCAGAGAAGCAUCCAUCCCAGAGAGAGGCCAGAUUGGGAGGAGACUCUCAGUGCUAUGGCGAGAGGUGCCGAUAUCCCUGACAUUCCAGGAGAGCUGCCGCUCCGGACCUGCGGCAGCACAGCAAGUAUGAAAGUGAAGAAUGUGAAAAAAUACAUCAACCCGGGACUGAUGGGCUGUGAUGCCUUUCACAGGUUGUCCUUUACAAAGGGUCACUUCCCGAAGAUGGCUGAAUGUGCCCAUUUCCAUUAUGAGAACGUGGACUUUGGCAACAUACAGCUUUCGCUCCCGGAGGAACAGAAUGAAGUAACGAGAAACGGCUGUGAAUCCAAGGAACUGGUCUACCUUGUACAGAUCUCUUGUCAGGGGAGGAGCUGGAUCGUGAAGCGGAGUUAUGAAGAUUUCCGAGUACUUGAUAAACACCUUCACCUGUGUAUUUACGACCGGCGCUUCUCCCAGCUCUCAGAGCUACCCCGCUCCGAUGCCCUGAAGGACAGUCCGGAGCUUGUCACCCAGAUGCUGAUGGCUUACCUGUCACGUCUCUCAGCCAUAGCAGGCAACAAGAUAAACUGUGGGCCUGCUCUCACAUGGAUGGAGAUUGAUAACAAGGGGAAUCACCUGCUAGUCCAUGAGGAAUCAUCCAUUAACGUUCCUGCUAUUGCUGCUGCCCAUGUUAUUAAGAGAUAUAUCGCUCAAGCAGCAGACGAACUGUCCUUUGAGGUGGGAGACAUAGUGUCUGUUAUUGAUAUGCCACCGAAGGAGCUGACCACGUGGUGGAGAGGCAAACACGGCUUUCAGGUUGGAUUUUUUCCCAGUGAGUGCGUUGAACUAAUUAACGACAAAGUUCCUCAGUCCGUGACCAACUCUGUGCCAAAACCAGUGUCGAAAAAGCACGGCAAGCUCAUCACCUUCCUUCGUACAUUCAUGAAGUCGCGCCCAACAAAACAGAAACUGAAACAGCGGGGGAUCCUGAAGGAACGGGUGUUUGGCUGUGACCUGGGAGAGCAUCUUCUCAACUCUGGCCAUGACGUCCCCCAGGUCCUCAAGAGCUGCACGGAAUUCAUUGAGAAACAUGGCAUUGUGGAUGGAAUAUAUCGUCUGUCUGGGAUUGCGUCCAACAUCCAGAAGCUACGCCACGAGUUUGACUCCGAGCAGAUUCCUGACCUGACAAAGGACAUUUACAUCCAAGACAUCCACUGCGUGGGCUCCCUCUGCAAGCUGUACUUCCGCGAACUCCCGAACCCUCUGCUGACCUACCAACUCUACGAGAAGUUCUCAGACGCUGUUUCUGCUGCUACAGAUGAAGAACGGCUGGUUAAAAUCCACGAUGUCAUCCAACAGCUGCCCCCUCCUCACUACAGGACACUGGAGUUCUUAAUGAGACACUUAGCUCGUCUGGCUGAUUACUGCUCCAUCACAAACAUGCACACUAAGAACUUAGCAAUCGUCUGGGCUCCAAACCUCCUAAGGUCAAAGCAGAUCGAGUCAGCCUGCUUCAGUGGAACAGCCGCCUUCAUGGAGGUGCGAAUCCAGUCAGUAGUUGUGGAAUUCAUCUUGAACCACGUGGACGUCCUCUUCAGUUCCAAACUCAGCUCAGUCAUACGAGAUGGAGCAGGGCACAGUUCUUUGUCACGGCCCAAGUCUCUGUUGGUGUCCUCUCCUUCCACGAAGCUGCUCACGCUGGAGGAGGCACAGGCACGGACACAAGCCCAGAUCAACUCUCCCAUCGUGGCAGACAGCAAAUACAUAGAAGUGGGAGAAGGCCCGGCAGCUUUACAGGGGAAAUUCCACACGGUCAUAGACUUCCCAGCCGAAAGAAAAAGACCGCCCAGCAAGAUGAAGAAGUCUCCAGUCGGCAGUUGGCGUUCCUUCUUCAACCUGGGGAAAUCAUCAUCCGUGUCCAAACGCAAGCUACAGCGCAAUCCCAGUGAGCCCUCGGAAAUGAAAGCCAUAGCCCUGGCAGGUGGACGAGGAGACAGCGGGACUCUUCGCUCAGCUAAAAGCGAAGAAUCGCUGACCUCUCUGCACGCUGUCGAUGGUGAAUCAAAACUGUUUCGCCCCAGAAGACCUAGGUCCAGCAGCGACGCGUUGUCCGCUUCCUUCAACGGAGAGCUCUUGGGAAACAUGAAUCGCUGCAAUUCUUACGACAACCUUCCCCACGACAACGACAGCGAUGGGGACGAGGGGCUCAUCCACGUUCCCGCCCUGAUUUCUCCUCGAUCCGCUGAAGACGUUGACCUGAGCCCGCCGGACAUCGGAGUCGCGAGCCUGGAUUUUGACCCAAUGUCUUUCCAGUGCAGCCCGCCCCAAGCGGAGCCCGAGUGCCUGGACAGCAGUACCUCCCUGCUGGAGGCAGUUGGCAUAAACAAGGAGAAGCCAAGCCUACUAAAGAAGGAUUUAGAAUCAGGCAGCCAGUCCCAGACACCAGGCAGUGCCACGAGCUCCGAGCCAGUCUCCCCUUUCCAAGAGAAGAUGAGUCCCUUCUUUACUCUGGACCUGAGCCCAACCGAAGAGAAGGCCUACAAACCCCACGCCUUCUCACCCAAGAUGGGGCGAAAGCCCGUCAAAUCCCCGCCGCUGACCACAGCAGAACCCGUCUCCUUCGCACUGCCCAGCCGCAUGUCAGAAGGGAUCGGAGGAGUGCCCAUCGCCUCCAGAAACUCCUCUGCUUCCAGCUGGAGCAAAGGGAUUGGCAUCACUGAUAUCACAAACAGGUCCCCAACCCAGAUGUCCUUGCCCCUGAAAAGCAGUGAAACAGGAGCAGGGGAAGGAGCCCACCAAGAGCUACAGCAUGCCCAGCUAGUGGCUGCUGGCAAACCAGAGUUGCCAGAAGAAGGGGAGAGGCCAAUGUCCAGCAGUCAGAAUAAGACUGUACCCACUGGACACACACAGCCAGGAGCAGUUGCCCUCGACUCCCCCCAGGAUCCUGUUCCCGUCAGUUCUGUGUCUCUUAUCCCUCCUCCUCCUCCGAAAAAUGCAGCGCGCAUGCUAGCCCUAGCGUUAGCCGAGUCCGCACAGCAAGCAUCCGCUCAGUCCCAGAAAAGGCCAGGAGAUGCUCAUUCUGAAAGCACAAAUUACGGAGAGACUGAAGCUGGCACAGCUCUAGAAAAGCUCCAUCUCUCUGCUGGUGCUCCAGACAAGCUCCACCUCUAUACCGGUCUGCCUGAGAACCGCCUUCACUUCCAGACCGGUGCACCAGUAGAGCAGGAUUUCCAAGGUAGCAGCACACCCGGGGAGCAGAACCACCCACCGGGUGCACCUGGAAACCGGGACCCCCCACCUCUCCACACUGGCAUGCCUGGGGACGUGCCUGGUAGCAGAGAUGCAGAGCAGGAGCAGUCCAGCUUCCAUCCUGGUAAACCGGGGGACAAAGAUCACUUCCCGUCCCACGCUGGGGACUGGGAGCACACACACCACCCUGCUCCAGGUGCACUGCCUGACUGGGAGCCGCCCACCACAGACUUGCCUGUAGAUAAGCCCCACCUCCGUGCAUGCAUGUCUGGGGACAAGCACCACGUUCCUAUCUGCGCGGCCGAUGACAAACUUCAGUCCCCUCCUGCCGUAACCGCGGGGGAGAAAAGCGCCCCGGCUUCAAUGCCGUAUUUAACAACCAUCCAGACAACGGCAACCGAGCCUAACCGCGGGCCAGCGGCUCCGGCCACAACUCAGGCAGACGGCGGCGUUCCGGCGGCGCAGCGCGCGCUCGCAGCCAGCCAGCCGGCCCCGGCGCAGAGGCAAGAUCACCAGUCGGCAACGGGACAAGUGCCAGCGGCCUCCGCAAAAGCCUCCAGUGGUUCCAGUCAGGUUUGGGGUACAGCCGCACCUGAAAAGCCACCUGAGCCUGCUCCCGUUUUUGUCUCAGAAAGCAGUUCUACCACCCGCUGCUCCUCCUCCGUGCCCACAGGCCACCAGAGCCAUUUGGAGAAGCCUCGGGAGACUACGAGGGCUCCCCCGCUGCACCUGCGGUCUGAGUCUGUCCCUACUCACUCCUCUUACAGCCUCACACCCCCCGUCCCGCCCGUGAGAACGCUGGAGAGCAAAAUCGCUGCCGCCAUGCACUCGAACAACGCGGACGCCAUCAACAACUCCAAUUAUCACGCCUUCCUCUCUUCCUCCAUGCUGGCCUCCUCUGUGGAGGAGGCCUUGCUGCCGCCACCGCCGCCUCCCCCACCCAAGCACGCUUCCUUGCAGUCCGUGUACGUGCCGCAUCCCAAGCCAGAGAGCAUCCCCGAGCCCGCCGGGCCAGACAGCUACCUGCACCACAAGCCGCCUUCCGUCCAUCAGUACAGACCCGAGAGCGUCCCUCCUCACGUCUCCUACCACAGCAAGCCUGACCAGCACCAAGCCUACCCUCCUCGGUCCGAGACACCCACUGCUGCAAGCACACGCUACAACACCUACACAAACCAAGGGAAGAGCGCCUCAGCUCUCCACUCCAAGCCUCGCAGCCGGACAGAGUUCAUGUCCUCCGUGAGCCCGACGGGCCUGCGCAAUGCCAGCUACGCCGAGGACGCUCCCCCCUACCCCACCAUCCGAAGGGUUCAGUCGCUGCACGUCCCCACCCCUGCUGCCGCCGCUAUCCGCUCCGUUCCCAUUUCGCGGACCGAGGUACCUCCGGACGACGAGCCGGUGUACUGCCCGCGGCCCCUCUACCAGUACAAGCCAUAUCAGCCCCACUCCGACUACCACGUAACGCAGCUGCAGCCUUACUUUGAGAACGGGCGGGUGCACUACCGCUACAGUCCUUACUCCAGCUCCUCCGGAUCCUCUUACUACACCACUGCCGAUGGGAGCUUUUACGACCUGGAUCCCUACAGCACCGUGCGGGUCAGGCCUUUCCACCCGCUGCCCAGCCGAGACUUUGCAUCGUACGCCUCCCGGCUGCAAAGCAAAGGCCUGUACCGCUAUCCCAGCUUGUCUGCCUACCCUCGGGGCGGCCUCAUCGGCCACCUGGCAGGUAAAGAGCACAGCUUCAUCAGCAGAGACGUGCCUCCUGCCCCGGACAUCAAGCACAUGUACAUGUCGUGGGACCUCGAGGACAUGGAGAAGUACCGCAUGCAGUCUAUUCGCCGGGAGAGCCGCACGCGCCAGAAGGUGAAAGGGCCCGUGAUGUCCCAGUACGAUAACGUGGCCCCACUGCUGCAGGAGGAACUGGGAGGACUGGAUGUGAUUCACUUGCGCAGCAAAUCGGAUCCUGGGAAAACUGGCCUCCUCACCGUGGCAGAGGGGAAGGAGGGGAGGUACCCGGCCAAAGCAGCUACGCCGGAGGGGGACGAACGUUACUACAUGCAGCACCCUGAGCCAGAGCUGGACAGAGCCCACUACCACGGAGCCUACGGGAACGGGCAGGCGGAGAAGCCGUCGCUUCCCCAGAAGCAGAGCAGCGUGCGGAACAGGAAGCUGCACGAGCCGGGCUGCACCACGAACGAGCACAGGACGCACGUGCAGCAGGACGCAAGCCAUAGGCAGCCUUCCGAAGCCAAAAACGGGCCCCCUUAUCCCGACUACAGGCCCAAAGGUGGCCCAGAGCCCUCCGAGCCCAUCAGCUACCAGCACUCGGGCGGGAAGUACGUCCCGGGGAGCCAGGAGACCCUGAGACUGAACCACAAGGAGGUGAGGUUGGCAGAGGACAGGCCGGAUUUGGAGAGGUCUCGAGCCAGGCCGACCCCAUCCAUGGAGAAACACUCCAGAGACUGCUACAAAGACGAGGAGCACGUCACCUCUCCCAUGGCGCCUCCGCCCAAGCCCGAACGCAGCCACAGCCUCAGAAUGCAGCACCCCGAAACCAUGGAGAGGGACUCGGCCCUCCUCUACCCCUACCAAACCCUUGGGAAACGCCAAAGCACGAUGACUGUGGUGUCCCAGUACGAUAAUUUGGAGGAUUACCAUACCAUGCCUCAGCACCAAAGAGGGGGCUAUGUUGGAGGAGGGGGGUUUGUGCCCCCCACUUUUACCCACGUGCACAGUAGAACUUACGCCACGGCCCUUGGCCAGGGAGCCUUCCUCCCGACGGAGCUGUGUUUGCAGAGGCCUGAAACAGAGGUCCACGUUGAGUGAGCUGGUGUGGGGGGAAGGAGGGAUAGAGUCUAAGCAGCCUCUGCUGGACAGCGGACUGUUUUAUUUUUUCAGUGAUGGAAAAAAAGAAAACCAACCCCAACCCUGCCCCGAUGAGCAAAGCAAACCCCACCUUCAGCCCCACCCUCCCAGCCCACCACUCACUGUUUUUAUGUAGUAGAGAUAUAGGUUUUUCAUGUAGUUUUGAGACAACUGGAACGAUAGGGCAGGCUCUUGGCACACAGGUGUGGCCAGAGAGGCCGGGCAGAGCUGAAAGAGAUGCUGUUGGGGCAGGGGCCAGGAGGGAAAAGCUUUUCCUUCCCCAGAUUUGGCAUUGGUGGCUACCACCGCUCCCUCACCGCGGUCCCGCGCGUGGCGGGACCGUGCCUGCGGCUGUUCUCCCCGGGUGUAGCGAGUUGCCCGUCCCGCUGCUGGCUUCCAGGAAAGGGUCUCCGUGACAUGCCUUGGAAGAACCACUGUUCUGCCCCCUCCGAGGUUGCGCCGCAGCAGCGGGCUAAAAAUUUGGCGGGGGGAAAGGCUUCCCCAGUAUUAUCUUCUUGAUAAAUGCCGAGGUCCUGCUCGCCCUUUAAAAUUAUUGCUUAGGUGUAGUCGAGCCACUUCAAUUGCUUCGAAGUGAGUGGGAGCCUGUUUUGACUUCAAGCCUGCGCAAGAGGCUGUGAAGCCAGUUCAAAAUACAACGCACUUUUUUAAACCGCUUGCUUAACAAGCUGCUUCUGACUACAAGAAAGCAAAUUACUUUCAAUUUCUCUAGUGUAAGCAGAGGCCAGCUACGGAAGCCAAGUAGGGCAGGUUUGCAUUUCUCAUGCCAAAAGGAAAAAAAAAAAAAAAAAAAAGAAAAACACACACCACAGAAAUACACCAACCCAUACACACACAGCUGGGACCAGCACACCCAUUUCAUGCUAAUUCCUCUUUACUGCUAGGCUAUCUACAGUCCAGUUGAUUUAAUACGACGUUGUGGCUGGCCAGACAGUAUCAUCUCUGCAAAAAAAAAAAAAAACCACUAUAAAAAUUUAAAAAACCCUAUAGCAUUAUGUCCAGCUUGUAAAUUAGAGCCCAACUUACCAGCUGGGAACGACCACGUACGUGCCGAGUUACCUGCAUGACCAGCUAUUUGCCCUGGACCAGACCCUGCAGCUCUUAGGUGAGGGAAUGCUCCUGUUGACCUUCAACUGAAGGUCUGCAGGACGCAGCUUUCUGUAACCUUUCAGUUCUGUGUCGGCAAGGGGAUCCCUGCGAAGUCGUGGCACAUACGGAGUAGUUAGGUGCUGUCUGUGCGCUGUGAAAUAGUGUUGCCUCCCGUAUCGCAAGCGUAGCUCGUGCCAGUAUUCAGUUCGCAGUAGGGACAGAAGGCCAGUGCACUCUAUAAUACACUAAUAACGUUGUCCUAGGUAUUUAAAAGCUUUCCGUAGCGUAAAAGAAGCCAGGCAGCACCUCGCGCGCAGCCUCUCGGGCUUCCCAGGCCUCACCACAACGCCACCUUAUAAAUAAAGCACACCCAUUUCAUUAGACAGGGCUUGCAAGCAAUACGUGAGAUUUAGGAGUUUUUAAAUGUUCACUGAUCAAUUCCAAGGCCAUUCCUGUUCCGUGUGGUUGAAGGAUUUCUCUACCUGUUUUGAAUCUCUAAUGUUGUAUUAAAAACCUGGAGGUCCUGCCGUUAGCACGCAGCUGUGAAAGUUAAAGGGAACUUAGAUGGGGGUUUUGAACAGAAGUUUCAUGGUUAUUUUGGGGCUUUUAAAUCAUAAGGAAAACCUGCUUCUAGUAGCUAACUAGUCUUUAGCCAUUUGCUGCUUCUAAUCUUGUAGCCUUGUCUGGGGCCUAUUUCAGUAACACUUCCUUACGGUCCUAUCUUGCUCUGCAACGCUCUUGUUUUCAGCAUUUUCUUUAGAAAAAAUGUUCUUACAUGUUACAGAAAUAAAUCUGGCAGUUGGGGAAAAAGGGAAAAAAAAAGGGGGCGGGGAAGCAGCACUGUGAUCCCGGUUACUGCGAUCUCCUCAUGAGCGAUUACCAGGUAGAGGGGUUGGGUUUUUUUUUCUGAGGGAACACUUUCUAUAAUGUUUUCUUUUAAGGAAAAUUCACAAAAACCCCACUUGGGAAGGGGCCAUUAGGUGAGCCACGUUGCGGGCCACCCCGGCUGCAUCGCUAGCUGGCUCCUAGGAAAGGCCGAGCCGUCCCGAUGCCUCGGCGCAAGCUCGCCGAGGGGGCCCGGUUGAAGCCCGUGCUCCCAGUAGAGGCGAGUAUCGCGCCAGGACCAGUGCUGGCCCUCAGCCCUUGUAGCACAGCCUCCCCACAGCUGCCGGUUACCUGCCGAGGUCUCCAGCUGAAGCAGGGACAACGCGUUUGGUUCAGGCUGUUUGGGAUUCAGGUAAUGAGAGCUGUAGGUCAAACCUCUCUCUCCGUGAAAGCCUUAACCCCCCGCUCCCACCCCCCGCAGCAACUCUCCUAACCUCCGUUUUGGCCUUACGUUCACCAGGACUAUCCUUCUACGAGGGGGCCGAACCCAGCUCCCGCUAGUUGUAAAUGCCUCUGGAUUUUCCUGCUCAAAGCCACUGUCUCCCUCUAGAGAUCAAGUGCCACCCCUGGACAACUCCUGGUCCUUACAGCCUUGUGCCGCUACUGCCUGAGCCGGGGCUCUUCAGCUCGCUGCGCUGGUUGAAGCGCCAGGUGCUACGCACCCUCUCGUCCCAUGGGGAACAAAAGCUUUCAGCGCCUUUCAGAAGGAGCUUCUAGAAGCACGCACCCGUACACCUAGUGGCUGCUACAAACACAACGAGAAGGUCUCUUAAAAGACAAAGACACACAGCAGAAAGCUUAAAACCCAGCGUCCUCCCGUCCCUCGGCGCACAGCCGCGUCAGCGUGUGCCUCAAGGGCUGGAAGCUCUCGGAGAGCCUAAGCUAAUUUCUGUACCCCAGUAUUGAGCCACAAGUACAAAAGGAAAAAACAAAAAAGCAGAGUUAAGGCACCAGCUUUUCCCUGACAAUAAUGCAGACGAGCACCUUUCUUUUGGUGUUGCUACUGCCCAUGGCUUAAACAUCUAGUACAGUUCAGCCGUCAUCCCCGCAUCCAGCCCACGCAAAGCCAUAUAGUGACCUAUGCAGUUCUGCUCUUGCACUGUGCUUAAGCUGAUGAUCCUUAGGGUUUUACAUCCUCAUUAACUGAGUCACGGUAAAGUCAAGGCAUCCGGCUAUACCUUUCCAGAAAACAUAGCCAAGAUUCAAAAGGGCAUUGUGCGUCAGGGCGAGGAGGGGAGGUUACACCAGCCGCCUAAGGCAGAUGGCCGGGAGGUAAGGUGGUAGUUCAGUUCUUGGCGUCCUAGCAGAGAAAUGGGAGACAGCAAGGGCACGGCAAGGCAAGUAAGACUCUCUUGCAAGUCCAGCUCUGCUCGGAUGAUGUCUUGCCUAACCUUAUCUCCAGCAAGGUGACAAGCAGCUAUGUUCUUAAAUAAUUCCCUUAUAGUUGCCACAGGCUGGCUGCAUCUUAAAUUGCCGCUUGCUAAGUUUUCAGCCGGGUUUCUCCCUAGCGCAUGCGAGAGUCGGGGCCCAACGGCAGCCUCCAACUCUGGAGUCCCACCUCCGCUUUGGAGUGGAACGGGCGACCCUUAGGGGAUCUUCCCUGCUGAGGGGGAGUGCAGAUGUUCAGUGAGUAAGGAGAACCUGGCCCUAUAAGUCUUACGUAAAGCAUUAAUUUCUGAUUUUUAAAGUCUUAUCAGGUGAAAUUUAUAAACGUCAAAACACCUGCAGCUUCGUGCCUAUGUCUUUCCAGAGAUCCUCGUUUUCCGCUCAUCAUUUGAAGGGGGGGCAGUCAGUAAGGAUUGCACGGUGGUAGUAAGUUGCUACACAAAACCAAAACCAUUGUGAAAAGCAUACUGUUCCUCUUUAACCCCAGGAAGGGACAGACCCUCACGUAUACUCUGCCGUUCAUCAGCACGCCGACAGGGCAUUGACUGAAGCGACGUCUGACGCGUUAGGAAAUCUGGAUGAGAAAUUGUUCUCCUUCCUUUUGUUAAAGGCGGCUUAGGCAUGCAACUCUUUUCCCAGAGCCUCGUGCUCCAGAGCUCCAGUGUUGAAAGGCAUGGUCUGGUUUAAGCAAACAUACAACGUAAUACCUUUGUGUGCAGAGUCUUGCCUCGUCCGGGUGGGGGAGGGUGGGGGGGAGAAAAGGGUUGUUUUUGCAGUUCAUUUUCCUGCUGUAAAAGACUUGAUUUUUCUUUCCCUGAGCCGCAUGAGAAACAUCCCAGAAAAAUCUUGGGUUACCUUUGGAGUUCCCUUCACUUUAAUUUAUAUAGUGUCUUUUUUUUGUGAACUGGUGUAAAAUGUAUAUGCCGACAAGCUCAUGUAUUUUUAUGUAAAUAUUUUUUGUGGUUUCCCCACUUGCCCUUCUCUGUAAAUAUUUAGAAUUCUCAUUCUUCUCACCUUGUAUGAUGCAGAUGUGGUUUUGUUUCUGUUUUUUAUUUGUACUGUAAUGCAACAAUCCAGACUGAGGUGUCUUGUGGUAUUAAACAAAAGCAACAGUCCCACUGAGCUCACACUCAGAUGUACAACUUGACAGCAUUAAUCAAGCCAGGUUAAAAACUA